AUAGGAUCGCGAAGCAGAAGAGGAGACAGCGAAAUAUUCCGACUUGGGUUUGGCGUCGAAGCUGGGGCGAUAGAAGAAGAAGAAAACAGUGAGAAAGAGUGUAGACCAGCAGAGAAGAUCGUCCGAAGCAAAGAUUCGUUUUUGACCUUGCUUGCUCGUUCUGCUGCUUCCCUAGAAUAACUUCUGGAUAUGUGAGCUUGCAAAAAAGCAGCAUGAGCAACGAUAUAUUUGAUGUACAGAUAUUAACGGAGAAGUUGUUGAAACUCAACAAUUCACAACAAAGCAUUGAAUCUUUGUCCCGAUGGUGCAUCUCUCACCGGAAGAAAGCAAAAGACAUUGUUGAAACAUGGGAUAAAUUAUUUAACUCUUCCCAGAAAGAGCAGCGUGUCUCUUUUCUAUACUUAGCUAAUGACAUCUUGCAAAAUAGUAGGCGGAAAGGUAGUGAGUUUGUCAAUGAAUUCUGGAAAGUUCUUCCGGUUGCUCUCAGGCAUGUCUAUGAAAAUGGCGAUGAAUAUGGAAAGAAAGCAGUGACCAGACUUGUUGACAUAUGGGAAGAAAGGAAGGUUUUUGGUUCAAGAGGUCAGGGUCUGAAAGAUGAAAUGAUGGGUAAGACUCCACUUCCAUCCUCUGCAAGCAAUGGAAAGAGUAAUCCUAUCAAGAUAGUGAAGAGGGAUGCCCAUUCUGUGAGAAUAAAACUGGCUGUUGGGGGCCAUCCAGAAAAAAUAUUGACUGCAUUUCAGUCUGUUCUUGAUGAACAUCUUAGUGAGGAGGCUGCCCUAAGUAAGUGUUGUGCUGCUGUAAGGGAUGUGGGCAAACUUAUAGAAGAUGUUGAAAGUACAUUGGCUCAAGGGAAUCAGCUAGGAUCCACUUUGAUGAAUGACCUGCAAGAUCAGGAAAAGGAGCUUAAGCAAUAUAUAUUGCAACUUGAAAAUGCUGAGGCUGCUAGGGAUUCCUUGCUUUCCCAUCUUAAAGACGCACUUCUGGAACAAGGAUCAAGGCAGGAGAUGGUCCGCACGCAGUUGCUGGGUGCACGGGAACAGAUUGACCGGGCAGUUUGUGUAAGGAAGAGGCUUAACCCAGCAGCAGAAGACACAAGGGUGUUGGAGCAGAAUGCUCCUUCAGCUCAAUUUAACAGCACCUCUGCACAGCCUCCUUUUAGCCAACCUCUUUUGUCAUUUGCUCCUCUCAAGACUACUGAAGAAGAUAACAAGAAGGCAGCAGCGGCUGCUGUUGCUGCUAAGCUUGCUGCCUCCACAUCAUCUGCUCAGAUGCUUACGUCAAUUCUUUCCUCUCUUGUUGCCGAGGAAGCUGCUUCCAUGAAUGGUAGCUCAAAACCCACUGGAUUCACUUCUGGACUACCUAUGUUCAACCCAGAGAAAAGACCCAAACUUGAAAAACCAUUGCCUGAUGUCAGCAAUUCUGAUGCAGGUGGCUCUUCAUUUUUUGCCCCUUCAUCACAGCCUUCAAUGGCAAAUAUGCCACUUGCACCUUCACUGAACCUCCAGGCCAUGUCACAGCCUAGUCAAUUGCAAACUGCAUUUGCUCCAGCACCCCCGCCCCCGCCCCCGCCUCCACCCUCUCAUUCUCCAGCAAAUCAAUAUGUCCAAUCCACUGGUUUGAUGAUUGGAGGUAUUCCUUAUGGAUAUGGAUCAAAUAACCUCCCACCUCCACCUCCACCUCCUUUACCUCCGCAUGUAGCAGCAGGGUUAUCAAGGCCGAACACUCAGCCAUCACAGCAGUCACAAGCUCAGCAAGCACAGCAACAGCAACAGUCUGCAACAGGAGGAUUUUUCAGGCCACCUGGCGUUGGGUUUUAUGGGCAAAGCCAUCCUUCAACACCGCCAGUACAUAGGCAGUGAUCAUUGUUCUAAGGACCAUUGGCCAACAUUGCCGCAACUUUUAUAAUUAGCGAGUUCCCCUGGGACUUUGCUGUAAGCCGAGGAUGUUCUCCGAGGCUCUGUAACAAUGUAAAUUAGUAGAAAACUAGAUAGCUGAUGUCAGGAUUUGCCUGUAGCCUUUUAUACCCUUCAGGGAUCGCCCCUUUGCAACUGCCCUUUCAUUAGUGGUAGGUUUUGAAAUCUUUCCUGUACCUGUACCUAAGAUCAUAUUCUGUUGAGUCAAUUAUUGCGGAUCAGAACCUGAUGGCCCUCACUAGAUUUUCUUGUUCCCUUUUUCAUUAAAUGUUUUAAAAAUUGGCAUGACUUUUGUGCUUUUUGUAGA